UGAUUGAUUUGUUUUUAGUUCAGUGAUAUAUUCCAGACAUUUCAAACUCUGUUUGUCCUUACACAUGGCGAUGAUAUUUAUCCAAUGUUUCGCUCGUUUGAUGACUCUGAUAACAGGGCUGUUAUAGCUUAUGGCCAAAUCUUCAUCUAUGUGUUCACAGCUUUGUUUGUUUAUGCUGUUCUUAAUCUGUUUACAUCACUCAUUAUUCGGGCACACGAUGAAUCAAAGACCAUAAAUCGAGCUACUGUUGAUAAAGUAAGACAAUUUAUAUAUUCUGAUAAGCUCACAAAAGGGGGCGGGGCUCUGAAGGAAAUAAUGAAUGUCAACAAAAUUGUUGAUCCAGAAGUUGUUAAAGGAAACAGUUCAACUCCAACUAAUGUUGAUUAGUUUUUAUUAUUAGUCUUACAGUAGAAGCAGCUGUA